GCCCAGCACGCUCAGACCAUGAAGCUAAUCUGGCGACCCUUGGACCUGAUCCUGGUGGUGCUGCUGGCAGCAGCCAUGGCCUUCACCAUCCUCAGAGGCCUGGUGGCUCUGGACUCUCCGCUUGAAGCCUGCUCAAUAUAUCUGAGUCAGUAUGAACCCUACCUGAAGGAUCCUGUGGGCUACCCCAAGGUCAUGAUGCUGCACUUGUUCUUUUAUGGGCUGCCUCUGCUGGGUGCCUUUCUAUAUGGCCUCCUCAAACCUGGAUGCACGUGGAUGCCAGACUGGACAAUAUUCUUUGCUGGUGCCAUGAUCCAGUGCCAGUGGGCCCACAUCGGGGGGUCCCUCCACCCUCGCACCACAGCUCCAUUUCGUAUCCCGAAUGAUGCUUUCUGGACGGUGUUGGGAGCCAACCUGCUCUACGCGGCCGUUCCGGUCAUGGUGGCCAUGCGGGUUCACAGUAACCCUUAUUUCUUCCUAAAAAUCGCCCCUUUUCCUGGGCAGACCGGUUUGCCAAACAGCGAGGAGAAAGACACCAAGUACAAAGAUAAAUAAAUCCGCUUUCGCGCUGACCUUUGGAGAUAAUCACUUAUGCCAAGGUUCACGAAGAGCUGUUUUAUCACAAAUGUCAUACUUGAAAAUUCCAAAAUAAAAGAUUAUUUUGCUCAAAAUG